AUGGGCAAGAUCGUCUUCUACGAGGAGAGGAACUUCCAGGGUCGCUCCUAUGAGUGCAUGAGCGACUGCUCUGACAUGUCCUCCUACCUGAGCAGGUGCCAGUCCUGCAGGGUGGAGAGCGGCUGCUUCAUGGUCUAUGAGCGCCCCAACUACAUGGGCAUGCAGUUCUUCCUGAGGAGGGGAGAGUACCAUGACAUGCAGCGCAUGAUGAGCAUGGGAAUGAUGUUUGACUCCAUCAGAUCCUGCAGAAUGAUCCCCUAUCACAGAGGUCCAUUCAGGAUGAGAAUCUAUGAGAGGGAGAACUUCGGUGGUCAGAUGAAUGAGCUGAUGGACGACUGCGACAAUAUCAUGGACCGCUACCGUAUGUCCGACUGCAUGUCCUGCCACGUGAUGGACGGCCACUGGCUGAUGUACGAGCAGCCCCACUACAGAGGCAGGAUGAUGUACCUGAGGCCCGGAGAGUACAGGAGCUUCAGGGACAUGGGCAUGAGUGGCAUGAGGUUCAUGAGCAUGAGGCGUAUCACUGAUAUGUGCUAG